AAGGGGGCCCAGCCGGACGAGAUCCUCUCCCUUCCCGCGGACUGAUUAGAAUCUCUCGCGGGGAAGAGAGCGGAGCAUCAGCUCACUCAACCCUAACUUCCCCCAAAUCCCCAAAUUCGAGCUGCCAAAAUGAGCAAUAUGAAAUCAAUUUGUCGCCCUCACCCUUUAAUCUCGUCGUUCAUCUCUUGCUUAGACCGAUCGCAGUCUCGCCUCGUUCACUUCCUCUUUCGAAGGCCCUAGACUUCGCCUCUCUCCGAUCUGUUCCUCAUCUUUCCUGGUCGACGAUCUUCCGAAGAUGGCGACGCCCUCGCCGCGGUUCAAUUCUAGGAGGACGCUCACCAGGGUCUCCAAUUGGAACUCUGAGAAAUCGCCUUAUGAAACCCUAGAGUUGGAAGGGGAUGCUGACGAGGAGAAAAUAAAGUCCGCAUACAGGAGAUUGGCUAAGUUUUAUCACCCUGAUGUAUAUGAUGGUAAAGGGACUCUUGAGGAAGGUGAAACAGCUGAAGCUCGAUUCAUCAAAAUUCAAGCUGCAUAUGAGCUACUCAUGGACGAUGAGAAGCGACGGAACUACGACAGGGAUAACCGUGUUAACCCAAUGAAGGCCUCUCAAGCGUGGAUGGAAUGGUUGAUGAAAAAGAGAAAGGCUUUUGAUCAGAGAGGUAAUAUGGCUGUCGCAGCUUGGGCUGAACAGCAGCAGCGUGAGAUGAAUAUCCGUGUUCGUCAGCUUUCCCGCUCAAAGGUUGACCCGGAUGAAGAGAGGAGGAUACUGGCAAAGGAAAAGAAGGCAUCCAUGGAGUAUUUCUCUACUACGCUGAAGAGACAUACACUUAUUCUGAAGAAGAGAGACUUGAUGAGGAAGAAGGCGGAGGAGGAGAAGAAAAAGGUCAUUACUCAGCUCCUAGCCGCAGAAGGCCUUGAGCUUGAUACAGAAAGUGAAGAUGAUCGAUCUUAGUGAAAUGUAUGUAACAUCUAAUUUAAGUUGUAAAUAGGGCUUCUGAAUGGUCCGUUGUUUGUAUUGUUUGUUCUUGUGGCCAUUAUAAUUGCUGGAUAAAUGGUCCAGCCAAUAUACAAAUAGGAGGGAAAUUGUAAGCAGGAAUUCUGUAUACAUACAUAUAAUUCUUGAAUUUUUUUAAUGCGACUGGUCUAGUUUUUAA